AUGAAUCGCUCUCCAUCGUACGAUGGCCGUUCAGGCUCUCGAGGUAGUCACAGCAACAGCAGCGCAUUCAGUCCCAACGCCAACCCAAACGAGGACUGGACCAAGAUCUCUGAUCUUGCAGAGCGUCGGCGAAUUCAAAACCGUAUUGCUCAGCGCAACUAUCGCAAGAAACUGAAGCGCCGCCUGGAGGACCUCGAGAGACGAGCUGCAACUUCUGCUUCGCCAGAACAAUCACACGCAGAGCCAGUGUCUCCGAAGCCAACGCCAAAGACUCGAACAAAGCAACGAUCCUCGAAACCCACAGAUGUCAAGCCUCACUCGCAGUCAGACCGAGCUGGCUCGUACGACUACUAUUCCCCCGAGGACCGUCAAACAAUGUUCGCCCAGCAAUGUACUCGCCAGCUCUCUGCCUCACCUCCACCAGUCUUCUCCUACCCAUCCAUGUCAGCGUAUGACACCUACCGGCAGUCCGCCUACUCCCAGUCUCCCAUCUACCACGCCGCACCGAGCACCUACAGCGAAAUCGCCUACCAGACCGAGUAUGGCGAGCCCGUUCCCUCGCUGGUCCCCGUGCUCCCUUCGAUGCAAGCCCGCAAACUCGCCUACGACGAAGACCUGAUCAGUCCAUUCAGUAUGAGCUAUGCAACAAUGGCCGGGAUCGAUCUGUGCCAACAACAAGCCCAAGCCCAAGCCCAAGCGCAGUCUCAUUCCCACCAUCAGCCUUCUGCGCUCCCGGUACAUUUUCCUCGCUGA